UAAAUCUAAGCCAUCUUCUGUUAGUUCUCAGCUGGAUGUGGUUCAAUUGAGUGCUCAACAAGCUGUUGUACAAUCAAGUGUUUCACAAAAUAUGGCACAAAGGAGUGCGCAGGUGGGUGUUACCCAACUAGUCAACAUGACUCCUUCUACUCAACUAACAGGCCAUUCUAGUCAUAUAUCAUCUACAUCAUCCACUGGCGCUGGCGUCUCAGUAGCCCCAUCGGAAAAACAUGAACCCCCUGUUAAGACUAGCACUGAAACAGUUGCAAAUCAAGAUAUCUCUCCAUCCAAUGUGAUGUUGCACUGUGUGACAUCAUCAACACCACCACUAACCAAGGCUCGACCAGUUAUAGGUGGGAAAGUUACAGCUAAAUUGCCGAAACAUCUUCAGAAACAACUCAAACAGGAAGAGAUCUCAGGAAAUGAAUGGCAGCAUAUGCGAGAAGUGAGCUCAUUCUCAUCUGGAUCUGAUGGUGAAAAGAUAUAUGGUGUUUCCUCGGGAAAAAGUAAACGAGCACAUUUUUCUGAUGAGGCAGAGGAACUGAGUUCUCCCUACCCUUUCCCUACUGAAGAGGAACUAAAAGCUUCAAAGCCCAGGAAAUCUAACUUAAAAUCCACUCCACAGCCUGCCACUGAUCCCCACCAGAGUUCAGAUAAUGACCAAAAUAUCAGUUUGUCAGCAUCUGGCUUCUCCAGUGCAGAAGAAAACAUUGCUGACAAAUCUCCUAGGAAUUCUACUGAGCCUGAUGAGAGAAAGAGUUUCAGUAUGCCUAAACUUGAGGCAGGUCUACAGAAGAUGAAUGUGAUGCAAAAGAAUGAUGAUGCUCUUGUGUUGACAGAUAUGCCCCUCAAUCCAAUCAGCAGGUUCAAUGUACUGGCAGACAUGGUCACUGAGACCCUCACAAAGAAUGACAUCAAUGUAGUAUGGGACAUCCAAGCUAGGAUCUGGCCAUAUAUACGACGUAUGAGUGAUAUUGUGGCAAUCGCCCCCAAGAAGUCAGGGAAAACCGUAGGAUAUAUUGCUCAGGUUUUGACGAAUUUAACCAAUGAUGUGAUGUAUGAGAGAUUAAAGCCAGGAUAUGGGCCCAAGGUCCUUAUUCUGUCAAGCUCUUGGAAGACAGCUCAGUCGAUUUAUGAUGUGUGUCGGGAGAUCAUAAGCCACGACCAGCCUCGUCGUGAUAGUAAAGGGAAACCUGUUAAGAAGCUAGAGACAAUAGUCAUUUAUGGAGGAGGAUCAGAGACCCAUCAAGCGAUCCCUCUGUUGAAUGGUUGUGACAUCCUUAUUGCUACUCCACAUUCACUGCUACGUGUGUUGGAGAAGAAAUAUACCAACUUCGAUAGAGUUUGCCACUUGAUACUUGACGAUGGUGAUAUCCUAACUGGACAGAUGACAGAACAGAUCAAGCUGAUAAUGCGGAAAUACAUGAUGUUGAUGAAAGAACGAUGUAAACAAUCCUUGCCCCAACAAACCAUUGUGAUGUCAUCAAAAUGGACAACAGGAAUCCAGUCGUUUGUGAGAGCAUACACACCAGAGGCUCCCGUUCUGAUAACAUGCAAGUUUGAGGCGGCCAUUUUUGGAGGAGUCAAACAGAUUGUAACUGUUUGCUAUGAAGCCAACCACUUGAACAAAGUGCUAGAACUGUUGGACCAUGGCUUUACCAAGAAAAGGAAAACUGUCAUCUUUACUAGUGAUCCUGAUGAUGCCCAGAAGAUAUAUGAGAUGCUUAAGAGUCAAUGCUACAAUGUUAUCACUGCACAUGAGAUGAUGGUACAACAGGCUAUACUAACCACAGAGGAGAUGUGGCAUGCUACAUAUAAAUCAGGGGACCACCCAAUCUUAGUGUUGACUGAUGAAUGUCAGCAACAGCUGAAGAUCAGAGAUGCCCAAUGUGUUAUACAUUAUGAUAUGGUCAGCAAGCAAAAGUUUGGAACACGGCUAUGGGCAUUAAAAAACAACCUGAACAAUCCCCUUAUUAACCCAGAUGUUAACAUAACGGAUGAGCAACAGUGUAUGUCUUACAUUAUGUUGACUGAGAAAGCUGAGAAGAAAGCCCUCCAUGUGCACAACCUGAUGGGGCGACUCAAAGAACCCAUCCACUCUACCCUUGAGAAACUGGUCUCUAACUAUCUACAGAGUGAGGAUGUUGAUCUCUCCAAGGAUCUCUGUCACUACCUCAAGUCAUUUGGAGAAUGCAGAGAGGGCACAUCUUGUUUAAGCCGCCACAGUAUAUCCCCAAUUCUUGAUCUCCCUGGGAAGUAUACAAGCUCACUCAACCUGCCAUCUAAUGGUGAAGUUAAGCUCAAGAUCACCCAUGUGAAGGACACCAUGUUGUAUUAUGCACGUGUACUAGAGCAUAGACCCUACAACUCGGAGACAAAGACCAUAAAUCUUGGAGCGACAUAUGGUGUACUUGUCCUUGAUAUGAUACAGUACUAUUCAAGCCCAGCCAACAGGGAACCAUUUGGACGUCCAAAGAAAGAUGCAGUGUGUGCUGUACAAGGGAAAGGGAAUGUGUUUUACAGGGUCAAAGUGCUGGACACUCCCAUGCAAGACUUAAAGGGACACAUCCUUCCAUUCAAUGGACAAUAUUUAGAUGAGGGUCGCACUGAAGUCGUCAACCAAUCACAGCUCUAUAAGCUACCAGACAACCUGCUAGAAAUCCCUCCACAGGCUGUCCAAGUCUAUCUGUGUAGAAUCAAGCCUUAUGACAUGGACAUCGCAUGGCCCCUUAAGUCAGUUGUCUAUGUGGACAAGAAGAUCUGUGGAUGUGAAAUGGAUGGGAGAAUUGUGCUCAGUCUGAACAACACACUUUGGUUAGACCCUCUAGUCCACCGUGAAUACCUCCCAACAUUGAAAAUGACAACAAAUGCUUAUGAGUUGAGACGUGAAAUCUUACAGAACAAUCUUGCCAUUGAGAACCCUGACCACAUUAACCUACUGUACAAACAGUGUGAGGGCAGGAUUGAGCUACCUGACACGACACCACCAAAGAAAGAAGAUAGGGCAAAGAUCCCAGAAACUGAAGUCCUACCAGAAGGAGAACAGGACCAUAUUGUCCAGAUUUCUUAUGUGGCCUCACCAGGAUGUUUCUUUGUACACAAGAGGGAGAACAUCCAGAGCCUGAAUGAUCUUACUGACGACAUUAACACACGCAUAGAGGAGGCAAGGAAUCUUAACAUACCCAUCAGCACUGGUAUGCUAUGUAUCGCAAAGUUUGAUGAGGAUGAGGAAAAUGAUGCAGUAGAAGCUGAUCAAGCACAAUGUGAGUGGUAUAGAGGAGUCACAUUAGCAUGUAGGAACAGCAUAGAGUUUGAAGUGUUCUUCCUUGACUAUGGAGAAAGAAGCUGGGUGAAGAAGAAUGACAUUUUGCCCAUACUCGAUGCCCAUAGAGAACUCCCAUUCCAAGCCAUUGAGUGCUGCAUUGCAGAUGUCCAACCAAGAGAUUCAAGUUGGUCUGAAGAGAGUGGUGACUAUUUACACAGUCUUGGUCGACGUGUGAAUACAGAUGAUGAAGAAGAAGCAAUAAACCUGGUUGCUAGACUCACACAGACAUCUACUCCUGAAUUUGCUGGUUGCCUUGGUCACAGUCAGAAGAACCAUAUAGAGUUGAUUGAUACAACAUCAACUAGUGACAUCUAUUUGGGUCAACAGUUGGUCAUUGCAGGACACGCCAUUGGCUCCAAACCUGAGGCUAUACAGGCAUUAUUCCCUGGUGCUACUGAACUGACAGUGUAUGAUGACUACAGAAAGAUACCAAGUCUCUGCAAAGCUAUCUGUGAGGCGGAGGAUGAUAACAUUUGCUUGGAGUUUGCCCGAGAGUUAUUUGAGUUGGUGAGAAGCAGCCAUGUGGAUGAAGUAUGUGACUCAGGAGGCUUAAAGUCAUUGUGUAGUCUGGCUGGAGUACCGAAGUCUGUAGAGACACUGUGCUGCGUGGUUCUUAGUCUCACGUUUUUAGCCAUGAAUAGUCAAAGAAACUGUGACCAAAUUCGCUCAGAUGGUGGAUUAAAGACACUCUGCAACUUACUGUGUAAAUGUGAGGAUCCAAGACUACAGAGUGACGUGGCUAUUACCUUAGAGAAGCUGGCUCUCCACAGUGAACAAAAUCGCAAAGAAAUCAAAGAGUUCCAAGGAGUGAAGACUCUGUGUCGUAUCAUUGGUGAAUCCACAGAUACUAAAGUUAGAAAAACAUGUUCUACAACCCUAGCACAGUUAUGUAAGGGAUCACCAGGGAACUGCAAACUUGUGAAGAGUCUAGGAGGAUUAAAGACAUUAUCAAGUCUCGUUGGAUGUACUGCUGAUCACGAUGCCCUAGUUGCCAUAACAACAGUCUUAGGAGUGCUUGCGGCAAGUUCUUCGAACAAGGAGACCAUCAGGAGAGAAGGAGGUUUAAAGUCUAUGUGCGACAACCUGGAAAACACACCCAGCAUUAAGGUGCAGGCUGCGACAUUAAAAACAUUGAAACAUGUUGUGACCAAGAAUAAAUGGAACAGAGACCUUGCAAUACAGCUGGGAGUGUCCAAGGUCAUUAAUAGGAUCAUAGAGUCACAGGACAAUGAGAAACUUGUCACUUUAUGUGCAGAUCUUCAAAAAAAGAUGGCGCCAGCUGUAUCUCCCACCAAAGGUCACUCUAAACAUAGUGAGCACAACAUCAGGUCAUCCAGUCAGGUUAUCACUGCCAAACCACUUGAAAAGUCUGACCUUAUGUGUCACAUUGAUUUUACAAAAGUUGAUGUCGGAGCAGCAGUUACCCCAAGUGUGCAUUGGUCACAGAACAGAGGAAAGGUUGUUCUCAACAUACAACUCAAGGGGGUUGUCCAUAAACACAUAGAGUUCAAGGAAGACAGAUUCAUAUUCAGAGCGUAUGUGAACAACAAUCUCUACCAGCUGAACCUAGAGCUCUAUGGUGGUCUGAAGCCUGCAGAAUGUAAGGUUUCAGUGCGGGCGAUGGAAAUCCUGGUAGCCAUCUAUAAAUCAACUUUGGGCAGGUGGCCACGACUUUUGAAGACUUCAGAGAGGCAACCCUGGUUGAGUGUGGACUUCUCUCGGUUUGUGGACUCAUCCUCAGAGGACGAAGAAGACUGGAACAGUUCAGAGGAUGAAUUAUCAACAUACCUUGUGUGUAAAAGGCGAUAUACACCAUCCCCAUUUGGCUUAACAAAAGAACCGUCCAAGUACCCCACCGGGCAACCAGCAGGCUUAGACGACACCAGCGAAUCUGAGAGUGAAGAGGAUCGUUUUGAUGAUCAUGAUGAUUAUGACAGAUUCAAUAUAUUUGAUGUAAGAUCCUGA